CAGUGGCCCAGCUGCCCCUCCUGUGGCCAAAGCAGCUCCUGGUAGCCCGAUCACUGCCCCUCCUGUGGCCAAACCAGCUCCUGGUAGCCCGGUCACUGCCCCAGCUGUCCCCUCUGUCCCUGUCACACCGCCCAUGGCACCUCUGGCCACCCCUCCUGUGGCCAAACCAGUUCCUGGUAGCCCGGUCACUGCCCCAGCUGCCCCUCCUGUGGCCAAAGCAGCUCCUGGUAGCCCGGUCACUGCCCCUCCUGUGGCCAAACCAGGUCCUGGUAGCCCGGUCACUGCUCCAGCUGUCCCCUCUGUCCCUGUCACAGUGGCCAUGGCAGCUCCAGCCACCCCUCCUGUGGCCAAAACAGCUCCUGCUGCCCCUGUCACAGUGGCCAUGACAGCUCCAGCCACCCUUCCUGUGGCCAAAGCAGUUCCUGGUAGCCCGGUCAGUGCCCCAGCUGUCCCUCCUGUGGCCAAAACACCUCCCUUGAGUCCGGUCACUGCUCCAGCUGUCCCCUCUGUCCCUGUCACAGUGGCCGUGGCAGCUCCAGCCACCCCUCCUGUGGCCAAAACAGCUCCUGCUGCCCCUGUCACAGUGGCCAUGGCACCACUGGCCACCCCUCCUCUGGCCAAAGCAGUUCCUGGGAGCCCAGUCAGUGCCCCAGCUGUCCCCUCUGUCCCUGUCACACCACCCAUGGCACCUUUGGCCACCCCUCCUGUGGCCAAACUAGCUCCUGGUAGCCCGGUCACUGCCCCAGCUGUCCCCUCUGUCCCUGUCACACCACCCAUGGCACCUGUGGCCACUCCUCCUGUGGCCAAAGCAGCUCCUGGUAGCCCGGUCACUGCCCCUGUCCCACCGGCCAUGGCAGCUCCACCCUCUCCAUCUGCCCCUCCCGCAGCCAAAGAGGCUCCCAAGGGCCCUGUCACUCCAGCUGUCCCCACCCCAGCUCCAGCCACGUCACCUGCCACCAAAACUGCUCCAAAGAGUGCUAUGGCUGCUCCCCCAUCCUCUGCCACCUCUGCCACCCCUGUCCCUGCCACCCCAGCAGAAAAAACUGCUCCCAAGAGUCCUGUGGCUGCCACCUCUGUCCCUGUCACCCCUGUCCCUGCCACCUCUGCCACCCCAGCUCCUGCCACCCCUGUCCCUGCCACCCCUGUCCCUGCUAACCCUGUCCCUGCCACUCCAGCAGCAAAAACUGCUCCAAAGAGUCCUGUGGCUGCCACCUCUGUCCCUGCCACCUCUGCCACCCCUGUCCCUACCACCCCUGUUCCUGCCACCUCUGCCACCCCUGUCCCUGCCACCCCAGCUCCUGCAGCUCCAGCUGCUCCUCCAGCAGCCAAAACACCCCCAAAGAGCCCUGCAAAAGGCACUCCAACCCCUGCAGCUCCAUCUGCCCCUACUGAGGACAAGGCACCCCCUAAGAGCCCUGCCAAAGCCACCCCAGCUCCAUCUGCCCCCACUGAGGACAAGGCACCCCCAAAAAGCCCUGCCAAAGCCACCCCAGCUCCAGCCACCCCCACUGAGGACAAGGCACCCCCAAAAAGCCCUGCCAAAGCCACCCCAGCUCCUUCUUCCCCCGGAGGAGCCAAAAAAGCUCCCAAGGGCAGCGCCAACUCUGCCCCAUCUGCUCCAGCGGCUCCUGCUGAGGCCAAAACACCCCCAAAAAGCCCUGACGAAGCCAUCCCAGCUCCUGCUGAGGCCAAAACACUCUCAAAAAGCCCUGAUGAAGCCAAAACACCCUCAAAAAGCCCUGCUGAAGGCAAGGCACCCACAAAGAGCCCUGCCAAAGCCACCCCAGCUCCAGCAGCCUCUGCUGAGGCCAAAACACCCCCAAAAAGCCCUGCUGAGGUCAAAACACCCCCAAAAAGCCCUGCUGAGGCCAAAACACCCCCAAAGAGCCCUGACAAAGCCACCCCAGCUCCUGCUGAGGCCAAAACACCCUCAAAAAGCCCCGCUGAGGCCAAAACAGCCCCAAAAAGCCCUGCAAAAGCCACUGCAACCCCUGCAGCUCCAUCUGCCCCUCCUGAAUCAAAAACACCCCCAAAGAGCCCUGCAAAAGCCCCCCCAGCUCCAGCACCUCCUGCUGAGGCCACAGGACCCUCAAAAAGUGUCACUGAUGGCAAAGCACCCCCAAAGAGCCCCGUUAAGGCCACCCCAAGUCCUGCAGCUCCUGCUGAGGCCAAGGCACCCCCAAAAAGCCCUGCCAAAGGCACCCCAGCUCCAGCCACCCCUGCUGAGGCCAAAACACCUCCAGCUCCUGCCCAAACACCUCCAAAGAGCCCCGUUUCGGCCAGUGCAGCUCCAGCAGCCAAAACACCCCCAAAAAGCCCUGCAAAAGGCACCCCAGCUCCUGCUGAGGCCAAAACACCCUCAAAGAGCCCUGCAAAAGCCACCCCAGCUCCAGCUGCCCCUGCUGAAGCCAAAACACCCCCAAAAAGCCCUGCAAAAGCCACCCCAGCUCCAGCUGCCCCUGCUGAAGCCAAAACACCCCCAAAGAGCCCUGCAAAAGCCACCCCAGCUCCUGCUGAGGCCAAAGCACCCUCAAAAAGCCCUGCUGAAGCCAAGGCACCCCCAAAAAGCCCUGCUGAAGCCAAGGCACCCUCAAAAAGCCCUGCUGAAGCCAAG